AAAAAAAUUUGUUUUAUUAGAGAUGGUAAGAACAUCCAUUAAUUUUUCUAGGUGCUUGGGAAGUUUGUUGAAGUUGGAAGAGUUGUCAAGAUCAACUAUGGUCCAUAAGAAGGCAAAUUGGCCACUAUUGUUGAAAUCCUCAACGACAAGAGAGUCCUCAUUGAUGGACCAACCACAGGUGUGUAAAGAUAGGUCAUCCCAAUCAGAAGAUUGACACUUACCAAAUUCAAUCUUAAAGGUGCCACAAGAGGUGCUAGAACCGGUGUGAUUACCAAGGCAAUUAAAAAGAGUGACCCAUUUGCACAAUAUCAAAAUACUAUUGCUGCCAAGAAAGUUGCCAAGAAAGCUUUAAGAGCUAAAUUAACAGAUUUUGAUAGAUUUAGAGUUAUGAUUCUCAGAAAGAGAGUAAUGCUAUUUUCAAUUAUUAAAAUAGAGAAGUGCACUCCUCAGUACCUAACUUAAAGCUUUGAGAAAGAAUAAUGCAGGUGGAAAAGCAGCAGCUUAAGCUAAAGGAGGAAACAAGAAAAAAUGAAAAAGCUUAAUAUAAAAUAAGUAUAUUAAUCAUGUGAAAUACAAAAUCAAA